AGUUCUAACGUCAGCCAGUCGACACAAUCGUUGUGAGAGGAGAUCACUUUGCGCUAGUCACAAAAAACAACAGUCACGUAUUUUAUUUUAAAUUAUCUUUAAUUACACAAAGUAUUUUACUGAAAACGAAAAAACCCUAAGCUUUGGAAAUGUCGUCGCCACAAUAUUCAAGUUCUGCUGAUGCAGAAGCGAAGUGGUUAAAAAAUCAAAUAAUACCGGAACUAGUUAAGAAUGGUAAAAUUCGUAAUAAAGAUGACACCGCUAUGGAUGUGGAUAAGUUCCAAGUAACCGAUAUAAGUGUGGAAUUUAUUGGCGCCCAAGAAGCUUUCAUGUUGACACAAUGUUAUCGGGCUCGCAUCGCUUACGAAUAUAAGGGUGCAGCAGAGGAACUGAAAUUGUUUGUUAAGAAAACACCACCCAUGCCCCAGGAAAUAUUCGAUGCGGUGAGUUUUAAGGCGCUGUUCUCCAAUGAAAUUCUUGCCUAUGAAAAAAUUAUACCAAACUUGGAAGCAUUUGCCGGCAUAAAUUUCAAUACAGCUCGAUUCUUUUUUGGCCACUUGCAAGGCAAUUCAGCCAUUGUUAUAACCGAAGAUUUUGGCAGUAAAGGUUGGCAAAUUGCCAAGGCCAGAUAUAAUCUAUCGUUGGAUCACACGUUACUGGCCAUGAAGUAUUUGGCGCGAUUACAUGCCGUUGGAUUUGCCCUACUACACAAAGAUAAACAGGCAUUUCAAGCUCUCACCAAAGAUUUACAAGAAUCCCGUUAUGGCUCUGAUGAUAUACAUUACCGUUGGGCUUUGACAUUGAGAUAUGGCUUGGAACGAGCGGUGAAAAGUGUCAAGGAAUUUCAACGCAAUGUUCCACAAGAAUUUCUUGAAAAAUUAAAAAAUCUCCUAAUGAAACCAAUGCGCUAUGGCCGGGAAUUGGUUAGGCCCAAGGAGCCGUUUGUGACUUUGUGCCAUGGUGAUUAUUUGCGCAACAAUGUGGCCUAUAAAUAUGAUGCCGGCAAGCCUAUUGACAUCAUGAUGUUCGAUUUGCAAACCCUAAGGGUAUCAUCGCCAAUGUUGGAUUUAACAAUAUUUUUGGCCCUAUCAACAUUGGCUGAGGUGCGCCAGAAAUAUUUCAAGGACAUUUUUGGAACAUAUUGCCAGCAGCUCAAAGAGGGCUAUGAAAAAUUCGCCCAAAGGCCUUUACCAGGAUUUUUAAGCUAUGAGUCCCUGAUCAAGGAAUACAUUGCCUUUUUGCCACACAGCAUUUUGACAACUUCAACAUUUCUUUUGGAUUUGGUGUCACCUCGAGGUCUGUCCAGUGAAGAAAUGCUAAAUGCUGAAGCAACAGAUGAGGAAAUAUUUGAGGAAAUCAUGUUUAAGGGUGGUGAACUUGUGGACAGAGAGUUGGCCCAUCAAGUCAGCGAGUUAUAUGACCUUUCAAUGGAACAUAAUGUUGAUGUUUUUUCUGUUUAAUAUUGUUUGAGUGUGUGAGUGUGAUAUUGUAAAUAAAUAAUUAAAAAAAUUGGUGCUAAUACUUGAAAGA